ACAACGGGCGUACGGCAGAGUCUGAGGCACUAACCGCCACUGCAGGCCGGAAGCUCCCACCCCCGCGUCGGCCCGAAGCUGGAGGGUUUCCCGUGAGCCUGCGCACAGCGGACUACAGCUCCCGGUAUGCUCCGCGGCCACCAGAAUUAACCCUUCGGGGCCGGGAGCCGCGCUGCGUCCCGCCCCCAUCCCUUACCGGACACCGCAGGAGCCUAAAGCUACCUGGGUCUGCUCUUCUACAUCAUCCCUAUCUCAGUGUCACUGAGAUGGGUGCCCCCGUCGGCACACUGUCCUUUGGCCACUGGACAUCAUGCCUCCCAAGAAAGACGUUCCUGUGAAGAAACCAGCAGGGCCCUCCAUCUCCAAGCCUGCUCCCAAACCAGCAGCAGGGACCCCUCCAGCCAAGACCAAGGCUGAGCCAGCUGUCCCUCAGGCUGCUGUGAAAACCCAGGAGCCCCCUAUCGAUCUCUCCAAAGUGGUGAUCGAGUUUAACAAGGACCAGCUGGAGGAGUUCAAGGAGGCCUUUGAGCUGUUUGAUCGAGUAGGUGAUGGCAAGAUCCUGUACAGCCAGUGUGGGGAUGUGAUGAGGGCCCUGGGCCAGAACCCCACCAACGCUGAGGUGCUCAAGGUCCUGGGGAACCCCAAGAGUGAUGAGCUGAAGUCCCGACGUGUGGACUUUGAGACAUUCCUGCCAAUGCUCCAGGCAGUGGCCAAGAACCGGGAUCAAGGCACAUAUGAAGACUACUUGGAGGGACUUCGGGUGUUUGACAAGGAGGGAAACGGCAAAGUCAUGGGCGCAGAGCUCAGACAUGUCCUCACCACCCUCGGAGAGAAGAUGACUGAGGAGGAGGUGGAGACUGUUCUGGCAGGACACGAGGAUAGCAACGGCUGCAUCAACUAUGAGGGGCUGCUGAAGCCCUCUGCCUUCUCUCGCAGCCUUCCUGAAGCACAUCCUAAGCGUCUGAGCUCCACAGGCAGGCCCUCCAGAUGCCCACCUCUUGAGAGAUCCAGUGGGGCCGGACACUCCCCCACCCACCACGCAGCAGGCAGAAGCUCCUUCCUGCCAGGAGGCCACAUUGUUUCAAAAUAAAGAUACAGUU